AUUGAUGACGUACUUCCGAGUUUGGUAGUUUAUUGUAACACGUGGAAAUCUGUAGUGGACUGAACCCCAUGCUUUAUUUCUUUAUUUUACAGUACAAAGCGGGUUCCCGGUCAAUCGGUCACAAUGGUUAAGCCACAAUUCAAGGGGAAAAGCUCCAUAAAUCCCUCAAACUCCAGCAGCAAUCCCGACCGAGUUAAGGGAGCUGGAGGUAACAACAUGAGGGACCGCGCCACCAUCAAACGCUUGAAUAUGUACAGACAGAAGCAGAGAUGCAACAAUCGAGGUAAGGUGAUCAAGCCCCUGCAGUACCAGAACACAGUUGCUCCUGGGACUGUUGCCAGAGUUGAGCCCAACAUCAAGUGGUUUGCCAAUACCCGCAUCAUCAAGCAAUCAUCUUUGCAAAAAUUCCAGGAAGAGAUAAACGCAGUAAAGAAAGAUCCUUACAGAGUAGUGAUGAGACAGAGCAAGCUACCCAUGUCCUUGAUGCAUGACCGAAUCAAAGCACAUAAUUCCAAGGUGCACAUUCUGGACACAGAGACUUUCGAGACCACUUUCGGGCCAAAGGCACAAAGAAAGAGACCCAACUUGUCUGUGGGGGAGCUAAAGGACUUUGCUGAGCAGGCAGAUGUCUCAGCUCAGAGCUACAGUGCUGAGAAAGACCGUGACCUGGUGACUGUGGACAGUGGAGUGAGGGACGAGGCUCGGGAGGAAAUCUUCAAGAAGGGGCAGUCAAAGAGAAUUUGGGGCGAGUUGUAUAAGGUAAUCGACUCCUCAGAUGUUAUUAUCCAGGUGCUGGAUGCUAGGGACCCUAUGGGCACCCGUUCUCAGAGCAUUGAGACCUACCUGAAGAAAGAGAAAUCUUGGAAACAUCUCAUCUUUGUGCUUAAUAAGUGUGACCUGAUUCCCACUUGGGUCACGAAACGCUGGGUUGCAGUGCUGUCGCAGGAAUACCCCACUCUGGCCUUUCACGCUAGCCUUACCAACUCCUUUGGCAAAGGCUCCCUUAUCCAGCUCCUGCGGCAGUUUGGCAAGCUCCACUCAGACAAAAAGCAGAUCAGUGUUGGCUUCAUUGGUUACCCCAACGUUGGAAAGAGCUCUGUUAUCAACACCCUACGCUCCAAAAAAGUCUGCAAUGUGGCACCACUUGCUGGUGAGACUAAGGUCUGGCAGUAUAUCACACUAAUGAGACGCAUUUUCCUGAUUGACUGCCCUGGCGUCGUCUACCCCUCCGAGGACAGUGAGACUGACAUUGUGCUGAAGGGAGUGGUUCAAGUGGAGAAGAUCCGAAACCCAGAGGAUCACAUCAGAGCAGUGUUGGAGAGGGCAAAAUCAGAGUACAUACAGAAGACAUACCGCAUUCCGUCCUGGAGCUCUGCCGAGGACUUCUUGGAAAAGCUGGCCUUUCGCACCGGAAAACUGCUUAAGGGUGGAGAGCCAGACCUGCCUACUGUCUCUAAAAUGGUUUUGAAUGAUUGGCAGAGGGGACGCAUCCCCUUUUUCGUAAAGCCCCCUGGAGGCGAGAUGGAUGAAGAGAGCAAAGCACAACCGCAGCUGGAAGCACCUGAGAUGGAAACAGAAAAGUCAGAGUUUGAAAACAGACUUGAUGCUCAGAACGUGGAGGGGGCAUCAUCCAGCGAACAGGAAGUACAACAGCUGCUGAAACAAAAACAGGAGGAGAUGCAGAAAAUUUUGGUCAAUGUCAAGCAGAACUUCGGCAAAAUAAACGUCGCCCCAGAGUUCAGCGAGGAGGACCUUGUACCUGUUGAGAUGCCUGACAUACUGGAUCCCUCUGGUUCAGAAGGUGAGAAAGAUAAGGAAAGUGAGGAGGAAGAUGACAAAGAGAAAAUGGAAGAGCACAAUGGAGAACAACAAGAUGAAGUGACCACUCCCCCUACCACGGCAGAGAGCAAGAGCACACGUGAAGUGAAUAAAGAGCUGGAUGAGAAGAUCGCCAAAUUAAAGCAGUUUCUUAAUCAAGCCAAAUCAAAGCGCUUCUCUGCCAUACGCAUCCCCAAAGGCCUUUCUGACAAAGUAUUCACUGAAACCAAAGCAAAACAGAAUGGUGCAAAGAAUAUGCAACAGAAAGCAACACAGUUAGGCAGAAAGAGGAAAGCUUUGGAAGAUGAGGAGCCUGCACAGCCUACCAAGCUCAAAUCUAAAGAGAAAAGAAGACUGGAGCGUGCCCAGAAAGUGAAGAAAGUGGGCGUUCGCUAUUAUGAGACGCACAACGUCAAGAACAAGAAUAAGAACAGAAAAAUGCCCUCAGACGGCAAGAGAGCCAAACAAGCCAAGCGAUAAGACCUGGUCCAACUCCCUGUCACAUUAAUCUCCAUUUCCGUAGUCAUGUUGGUGGCUAAGUUGGAACAUUUGGAUGUCAAUCGCAGUGAUUUGAAUAAAGGUGAAUGUCUGUGAUCUGCCAUUCCAAUGCACUUUAUAGAUACUGUGACACCAGCCAACAUCGUGAACAUUAUGACAACAGUCAGACAAGUAAUUAAUUUCAGCACUGCAUUUGCAAAGCUUUUAACUUAAAGGAAUAUUCCCGGUUCAGUACAAGUUCAGCUCAAUUGACAGCAUUUGUGGCACAAUUAAUUUUGACUUGUCCCUCCUUUUCUUUAAUAAAAGCAAAAAUCUAGGUUCCAGUGAGGCACUUACAAUGGAAGUGAAUGGAGCCAAUCUGUAAACAAUAAAAUGCUCACUGUCACAAACAAUAUGGGUGUUUACAUGAUUUUAAUGUGAUAAAAUCAUUACUAACCUUCUUUGUAAAAAAGGAGGGAGAAGUUGAAUAAAUUUUUUGUGGUAAUGAACAUUAUGCCACAAAAGCUGUCGCUUGAGCUUAACUUGUAUUGAACCCAGAAUAUUCCUUAAAGAGAAUGUCCUUAUUUGGAAAUAUUGACAAAAGGGUCAUGUACCUGUGUAUCUGUGACUGUUCUCAUACUGGUGUUUGGGGG